GAGCCAAAGCAAACAAGGCUUAGCCAUGACACCAUAACGAGUCCUCGGGCGCUGGCCGAGGUCAGUUCUUGUCUGGGCAUGGUCCUGUGAAACUCAACUACCGUCCACCGUCGACCACCAUGAAAAUUUGGUGCAUCGUAGCUCUGUUGUGUAGUGCAUUUGCUGCAAAAGCAGAGCUUUCAUUCAAAGACCAGUGCUUGUAUUGGCACAACUACUACCGCAGACUUCACCAAGCAGGUCCCCUGGUAUGGUCGAACGACUUACAAAGACAGGCCCAGGUGUACGCGGAUGAGCUUGCUGCUAAAGACUCAUUUGGCAAUGACGGGAGUUCUUCUGUGGUUGCAUGGCCAGGAAAUCCUGGCCCAAAGUUAGGCGAGAGAUCUGUGAAGUUCGUGUACAACGAAGAGACGCAGUACAACUACAAUUCCCCAGGCUAUUCAUAUUACACUGGACACUUCACUGUGAUGGUGUGGAACUCGACAGAGGAACUCGGCGCAGCCCACGCCCUUAGCCAAACAGGAAGAGCGAAAGUCGUCUUUAAAUACAGGCCAAUCGGUAAUAUACAAGGUCGCUUCCGUGACAACGUUCUUCCAAAGAUUGUUGGUUUACCGUUGUGUGACACGCAUUACGACAAACCUGUCACGCAAGCUCCGUGUCUCUGGCCCUCGACAUUAGCGCCGACCAAUGGUACAAUGCCCACCAAUGGAACGUGGAUGGGCGGAAACACCACGAAGCCUGACGUGAUUGCUUCCGCUGUCAGAUGGCAAAUCUCUAUCUGGGUGCUCAGUGUUUUUACUAUUUUGAGUGUUUUAAGUCAUUGACUGAAAACUAUUGUUUCUCUAGCCCGCUCGGUCAAUUUAUAUGCCAUUUGGGAUAUACUGCCUCGAUCAUUUUUAUUUCAUCGCCCUAGAACUACUAUAUACGUCGGCGUACGCAAACUUGCAGGAAUUUUUGUUCACUUCAAUAUUGCUGGUUGAUAAAUUUAGGAAUUUAACGAGCUUGAUAUGACCCAGAGGGGAUCUCGUCAUCGGCGGCAAGUAGACUUUCCAGCCAGUACCAUACACGUGACUCAACACGUGACUAAGAGUGCAGAUGGACAGGUGGUGCCGAAGCCAGCAGGUUU